AUGCCGAGCCCGGGCGUCGGGCGCGGCAACCAGGCGGCCGCACCAGCUCGCUGGCCGCCGGGAGUGGCCGACCCCCGCGGCGGCGGGCGCCGCCGAGAAAAACCGGCCAGGGCCGCGCGGCGGGCGCGGGGCGGACGCGCCGAGGGGCCCGACGCCGCAGCGGCGGCGGGCCGGCAGCCCGGCGCAGCAAGGCCAGAGGCGAGGCCCGGCAGUGAGGGCGGCCACUGCCGCGCCCUGCCGUCGGGGCCCCAGGCAACGCAGGGUGAGGGGCAGGAGGAGGAGGAGGAGGUGGAGGAGGUGGAGGAGGAGGAGGAGGAGGGGACGGCGUGGUGA